CACUCACACACUCACUUCCAUUACUCCAAAAAAACAUUGCAUCUACUUCACUUGCUGUAGAGAGUUUAUAUAAACCCAAGAAAUAUGGUAUCAAGAUCUUAUUCAAACCUCUUGGAUCUUGCUUCUGGUAAUUUCCAUUCGUUUUCUCGGGAAAAGAAGAGGUUUCCAAGAGUAGCAACUGUCACAGGUGUCUUAUCUGAGCUAGAUGAUGAUAACAACAGCAACAGUGUCUGCUCUGAUGCUCCUUCUUCAGUCACGCAAGAUCGAAUCAUCAUCGUUGGAAAUCAGCUUCCUAUUAAAUCACAUCGAAACUCCGCGGGUAAAUUGAGUUUUAGUUGGGACAAUGACUCGCUUCUCUUGCAGCUUAAAGACGGUAUGCGUGAAGAUAUGGAAGUUGUCUACAUUGGUUGUCUUAAGGAACAAAUCGAUGCAGUUGAGCAAGAUGAUGUUUCUCAAAGGUUGCUUGAGAAUUUCAAAUGUGUUCCUGCUUAUAUCCCACCUGAGUUAUUCACUAAGUACUAUCAUGGAUUCUGUAAGCAACAUCUAUGGCCUUUGUUUCACUACAUGCUUCCUUUAACGCCUGAUCUUGGUGGUAGAUUUGAUCGUUCUUUAUGGCAAGCUUAUCUUUCGGUUAACAAGAUCUUUGCGGAUAAAGUGAUGGAAGUGAUUAGUCCUGAUGAUGAUUUUGUUUGGGUUCAUGACUAUCACUUAAUGGUUUUGCCUACAUUCUUAAGGAAGAGGUUUAAUAGAGUAAAGCUUGGUUUUUUCCUUCAUAGCCCGUUCCCUUCCUCUGAGAUUUACCGUACUCUUCCAGUGAGAAACGAGCUCUUACGUGCACUCCUCAACGCGGAUUUGAUUGGGUUUCAUACCUUUGACUAUGCAAGACACUUCCUUUCUUGCUGUAGCAGGAUGCUUGGUUUAUCCUAUCAGUCCAAACGUGGAACCAUAGGGCUUGAGUAUUAUGGUCGAACGGUUAGUAUCAAGAUUCUUCCUGUGGGGAUUCAUAUCAGCCAGCUUCAGUCAAUUUUAAACCUCCCAGAGACUCAGACAAAAGUUGCUGAGCUUAGAGAUCAGUUCUUGGAUCAGAAAGUUCUUCUCGGUGUCGAUGACAUGGACAUCUUCAAAGGAAUCAGCCUCAAACUCUUGGCAAUGGAACAACUUCUCACACAACAUCCCGAGAAGAGAGGUCGAGUUGUACUUGUCCAGAUUGCAAACCCUGCAAGAGGUCGUGGGAAAGACGUUCAGGAGGUUCAGUCUGAAACUGAAGCCACGGUUAAAAGGAUCAACGAAAUGUUUGGAAGGCCGGGCUACCAACCCGUGGUUCUGAUUGAUACACCGCUUCAGUUCUUUGAGAGGAUUGCUUACUAUGUGAUUGCAGAGUGUUGUCUUGUUACAGCGGUAAGAGAUGGUAUGAAUCUUAUACCUUAUGAGUACAUUAUCUGCAGGCAAGGCAAUCCGAAACUCAAUGAGACUAUAGGCCUUGACCCUUCUGCUGCAAAGAAGAGUAUGCUUGUUGUCUCUGAGUUUAUUGGAUGUUCUCCUUCUUUAAGCGGCGCCAUUAGAGUGAAUCCGUGGAACAUUGAUGCUGUAACUGAAGCAAUGGACUAUGCAUUGAUAGUUUCAGAAGCAGAGAAGCAGAUGCGUCAUGAGAAGCAUCAUAAAUAUGUGAGCACACAUGAUGUUGCGUAUUGGGCGCGCAGCUUUAUACAAGAUCUUGAAAGGGCUUGUGGGGAUCAUGUGAGGAAGAGGUGUUGGGGGAUAGGUUUCGGGUUAGGCUUUCGAGUUGUGGCGCUUGAUCCGAGUUUUAAAAAGCUUUCGAUUGAGCACAUUGUCUCAGCUUAUAAGAGAACCAAGAACCGAGCCAUUUUGUUGGAUUAUGAUGGCACAAUGGUGCAGCCAGGGUCCAUUAGGACAACACCAAGCCGUGAAACAAUCGAAAUCUUGAACAACCUGUCUAGUGAUCCCAAGAAUAUCGUGUACCUCGUCAGCGGGAAAGACAGAAAGACACUAACCGAAUGGUUUUCUUCAUGUGAUGAUCUCGGUUUGGGUGCAGAGCACGGGUACUUUAUAAGGCCAAAUGAUGGAACAGACUGGGAAACGUCGAGUUUGGUAUCGGGUUUUGAGUGGAAACAAAUAGCAGAGCCAGUGAUGAGACUGUACACAGAGACUACAGAUGGAUCAACAAUAGAGACUAAAGAGACUGCUCUCGUUUGGAAUUACCAAUUCGCAGAUCCUGAUUUUGGAUCUUGUCAAGCCAAAGAGCUUAUGGAACACCUCGAAAGCGUACUUACCAAUGAUCCAGUCUCUGUCAAGACUGGACAACAACUCGUUGAAGUUAAACCACAGGGUGUGAACAAAGGUCUUGUGGCGGAGAGGCUUCUAACAACGAUGCAAGAAAAAGGGAAACUUUUGGAUUUCAUUCUCUGUGUCGGUGAUGAUCGGUCCGAUGAGGAUAUGUUUGAGGUGAUAAUGAGUGCAAAAGAUGGUCCAGCUUUGUCUCCUGUGGCUGAGAUAUUCGCUUGCACCGUCGGACAAAAGCCAAGCAAAGCAAAAUAUUAUUUAGACGAUACAGCGGAGAUAAUCAGAAUGCUUGAAGGUCUAGCCGCCACCAACACAACUACCUCUGAUCAAACCGGUUCAACGGCCACUGUUCCAACUAAAGAUCUGUUUUAAGGAUUUGUGAACGAAAGUUUUAGUUUUGUUGUUGUGAUUUGUGAAUGCUUUUCAAAUAUAAUGGAUUAAGGUAA